CCCGAAUAGUCGCAUUGGACAUUGUCCCACAACUGCUAAUGUUAUAGGCCAUCCACAGAAUGUCUCAAGAGAUCGCGGAGUCCACCGCGUCGGUGGAGGCGCCGAUCGUCGCCGGCACCAAGCGACGUCUGUCACAAGACUCAGAGCAGGAGUUCAAGAGGACGCGUCUCAGUCCGGGUAAGAAAUCACCAUUACCCACCGAAGAAGAACCCACCGAAGGCGCUGUCGAUCAGUCGCGUCACCUUUCACCAGAAUCUAAACCCGAAGAGAAGAAAGAGCCGCGCCGCAAGACGGCUAUCGAUGACAAGCAGCGCAGUAAGAGGCUGUUUGGCGCGUUGUUCAGCCAUACCAAUGCGGCAGGAGACAAACUCUCGAGACGACGAUCGGAAAUAGAGCAACGAAAAAAGGCUGAGCUCAAGAAGCAGGAUGACGAACGCGUCGAAGAUCGGCUAAAGAGACUGGCCAAACUCGCCGUCCAUCGCCAGAAAGAGCAGAUCAACGUCGAUGAAAGAAACCUACGGACGCGACAUGAAAAUCUGCUGGAUCAAGCGCAAUCGCUCAAAACGCGAGCGGAACCUCACAUUUACUAUCGACCAUGGGAGCUAUCUAACGCAGAAGAGAAUCGUGUCGCCGACCAGGUAGAUGAUGUCCGAGACCUGAUCAAAGGAGAACUCGCCGAGUUUGAACGUGAGAAGGAGGAGAGACUCAAGGCACUGGAGAAUCCGCCUCCUGGUGAAGGAACUGAUGAAAAUUUCAAAUCACACGAGAAAGAUGUCAAAUCUCCUUCAUCAAGGACCGAAGCGUCGCGUGUCGAGGAUCCGAAGAGUUCCGCACCGCCGGACGGCGAGGAUCACGGUCCAGAUCCCGACGAAGUUGACAAACCAUCACAGAGUGUGAACCCCACAGAACCAGACGAGCGUUCUCUCCAUCAAACCUCGGCGGAAAUAAACGAGACGCAAGAUUCUGCGCUAGUUGAGCCUGCAGAGAACAGCGAGUCAACUCACAUACAGCCGACGCACCAAGAGGCAAAGGAGGACCAGGAUGACGAAGCUGACCACAUGGUCGAAGGUGAUGAAGAUGACGUUAUAUAUUGAAGUCAUGCUUGCACUGUUAGCAUAGCUUACUACAUUGAUAAACUCACUACCUACGCAGAUCUUGGUCUUCAAGUCUGCUCCUAAAGCGCUCAUGGACG